AUGAUCAGCAUUGAUUUUAGCAAUCUAAUUGUAAUAAUCGCCGUUUUGUUAUUAACUCGUUAUAUAUCCCAAAAAUUCUAUUCAUCUCUAGGAAACAAGAUGGUAAGCCAAGACACUGUUAACUCCGUCAAGAACAUGAUCGGUCAAAAGAAGAUCUUUGUCGCUUCAAAGUCUUACUGCCCUUACUGCAGAGCUGCUAAGCAAACCCUGUUCGAAGAAUUGAAAGUCCCAAUGGACAAGGCUGUCGUUCUAGAAUUGGACGAAAUUGAAGAAGGUAGCGACAUUCAACAAGCUUUGGCUGAAAUCAACGGUCAAAACACUGUCCCAAAUAUUUACAUCGAUGGUCAACACAUUGGUGGUAACAGUGACCUACAAAAAUUAAAGCAAACCGGUAAACUACAACCAUUGCUACAAAAGGUUUUGGCUUAA